GACUGCUGCCCCUCCCGGGGCCUGGCCCUGGUCGCUCUAACUGGCCCGCUGGCUCGCCUGGGCCCCUCGCUAUCUCUCUGUCUCUCUUCUCUGCGCCUCGGUCUCCAAGUCUCUUUCUGUGCUUCUGGGAUUCCCUGAGCACCGCCUGAUGCCCCGCGGGUCCUGGCUGCGUGCAGGGACCCCACGGGGAGAGGCAGAUUCAGUGUUUCUGUGCCCACCCCACGGUCAACCCCAGACCCGCCUCGGGUGAGGCCCAGGAGGAGGCCCGGAUGGCAGGGGAGGCAGGUGCCUGCGCUCCUGUCCAGGGCCAGUCCCUCCCAGCCUUGGGGACGUCUCUUCCCUCCCACAAAUAAGGAAACGGCUCAGAGAGGGGAAGCACCCGGUCAAGGUCACCCAGCGAGGAAUUGGGAAUGGGGAUUCGAACCCGAGUCCUAGUGACCCCAGGGCCUGCAGGAAUUGCGUCCCGGGAGAGAGACAGAGAGGUGGCGGGAGACGCGGAGACAGGAGAGAAAGGCAGAGCCGGACCUUUACUGCCUUUAUACUCCACCCCACCUAUGAGCCCCUCUUUUCCUCUGCUGAACCUGCCUACACCCCUGUACCCCAUGAUGUGCUCCAUAGAACACCCGCUGUCGGCCGACAUUGCCAUGGCCACGCGUGCAGAUGAGGACGGCGACACGCCUCUGCAUAUUGCUGUGGUGCAGGCGAAUCUGCCAGCAGUGCAUCAACUGGUCAACCUUUUCCAGCAUGGGGGCCGGGAACUAGAUAUCUACAACAACCUGCGGCAGACACCCCUCCACCUGGCUGUGAUCACCACGUUACCAUCUGUGGUCCGGCUCCUGGUGACAGCUGGUGCCAGCCCCAUGGCGCUGGACCGCCAUGGCCAGACUGCAGCCCACCUGGCAUGUGAACACCGCAGCCCCACCUGCCUGCGGGCCCUGCUGGACAGCGCAGCCCCGGGCACCGUGGACCUGGAGGCCCGCAAUUACGACGGGCUCACCGCCCUGCACGUGGCCGUGAACACCCACUGCCACGAGGCCGUGCUGCUCUUGCUGGAGCGCGGCGCGGACAUCGACGCGGUGGACAUUAAGAGCGGCCGCUCGCCGCUCAUCCACGCCGUGGAAAACAACAGCCUUAGCAUGGUACAGCUGCUGCUGCAGCACGGCGCCAACGUGAACGCGCAGAUGUACUCGGGCAGCUCCGCGCUGCACUCGGCGUCGGGCCGCGGGCUCCUGCCACUGGUGCGCACUCUGGUCCGCAGCGGCGCCGACAGCGGCCUCAAGAACUGCCACAACGACACGCCGCUCAUGGUGGCACGCAGCCGCCGAGUCAUCGACAUCCUGAGGGGGAAGGCCACCCGGGCUUCCUCCACAUCACAACCUGAGCCCUCCCCCGACCGAAGUGCCACCACCUCUCCCGAGAGUAGCAGCCGCCUCAGCUCCAAUGGCCUCCUGUCCGCGUCGCCAUCCUCCUCGCCCGCCCACUCUCCCCCCAAGGACGCCCCUGGAUUCUCCCUGGCUCCCCCCAAUUUCUUCCUUCCUCCCCUCUCUCCCCCAGCCUUCCCGCCCUUUUCUGGGGUCCUCCGAGGCCCCGGCCGGCCAGUGCCUCCCUCCCCAGCCCCAGGAGGCAGCUGAGAGGGAUGGGGGGGCAGAUCUCGGACUCUUGAGGAGGGGCCUCCCUGCCCUGGGGGGUCGACCCUUCUGGAAACUGUGAAGAUCUCACUCUGCCCCCCCCCCAUCUUCGGGACCAGGAUUUGCACCAAGGCACAUGGACCCACCCUUGAGUCCCCUCUUCUGUGUAUAGAUAUUGCCCCGUGGGACACCCCAGGACUCUGACCCCAUUAUUCUCAGGCACUGGCCCCCUGUCACGAAUUCCACCCAAAGAUCCAUUUCCUUGCCCCGCCCAGAGGCUGGUGGAACCAGGGAUCGCAGCUCCCGCCCAGGGGGAGGGGCCUUAGGUGGCACUGAGGUCGUUGUAAAUUAUUAGGCGUUUGGUUUCUUUCGUAAUAAACUAUUUUUGUAUCAUAA